UCAGACGGCGAUGGCUUACAAACACAGCAUUUGGUCCGUAGAGUCCGGCAGGAUAACAGACAGCCCUUUCUGGCUAGUCUGAAUUUUAAAGAGAGUUUGCUUGAAAUGAAUAAUCUGGAGUUAGCUGUUGGGGGGGGGGGGGCUCUGCACCAGGUUAACUUGCAUCACAAAACCCUGUGAAGCCCGUGGGUCACUGGAUCAUGUUAUGGCCCAGUUGUUGACAUUGUGUUUAAUGGUCCACAGGUCUGUCGCUGGUGUAUGUUUAACCAGAUGAAACGGGUCGAUUCACCUUGAGUAGGUUUUGCACAGGCCAGGCCCUUAAAGGGACGCACUGCCGCAGCUGCAUUCUGUAACACAACACGCACAACUUCCUUGUUACAACUACCAUGCACCGGGAAUCGAGCGGUUUGCUGACCGGCUGACCCAGGACCAGCAAGGCACGAAUCUGUGUGGUGAACCGGUUCUAACCUGUCUAACCCUGGACCGCAUUCCAAUGGACGCAAAACUUGUUUGGUGGCAUAGUUGGGUGGGUUGUGGUGAAGCACGUCUGCUGUUUGGACAAGAUUAAAAAAAAAAAGGUCUUCCAACGAACAGUGCCAGGAUCCUGUCCCGCUCCACCGACCUGGAAGCGGGUUCAGCACCGGUGGUAAGACGAGCUUCGCGGGUCACAUUUGUGGACCGUGUCCUCUCCAGGAAAAUGGACGCCACAGUGCUGUACAGCGAGACCUUUCUAGCCUUUGCCACCUACGCCACUAUUGCUGUCGUGAAGAUGAUGCUCAUGGCACCUCUGACCGCCUACCUUCGCCUGACGAGACAGGUGUUUGCAAACAUGGAGGACACAAAAUUACUCAACCCCGCUGAAGACAAGAAACUUGUCCGUGUAGACCCGGAUGUGGAGCGAGUUCGGAGAUGCCACCAGAAUGACUUGGAGAACAUCCUUCCCUUCGUCGUCGUCGGCCUGUUCUACGCCCUGACCGAGCCGACUCCCUCCACUGCCCUGUUUCACUUCCGGGUGUUUGUGGGGUCGCGGAUCGGCCACACGGUAGCCUACCUCCUGCCCCUGCCCCAGCCGUGCAGAGCUCUCUGCUGGGCGACGGGUGUGGCUACCACCCUCUCCAUGGCGUUCAGGGUGCUCGGCGCCACGCUCCAUCUGUAGAGGAGAGACCAGCGAGACAGCGCGGCUGAGGCACCUUCGUCCCGCGGGGGCCCUCCCCUCCCCUCCCUCCCCUCCCCUCCACAGGCCUGUGUUGUUAUCCACGAUAACCAAGUUUACCUUCCACAUCUCGAAAUCCAGUACAACUCUAAACAUGUAAUGUCGCCUUUCCCUUGUCUUUUUUAUAUUUGAUGCACAUGAUAGAUGACUGGUCAUUACAUAAUAUUUCAAGUCCACCAUCUUCGAAUGUAACUGAAAGGGAGAUAAAAGUGGAUGACGCCAUAACACCAAGGUCCUUUCAGAAUGUGCAGAUCUGUGACCAUGUGCCACGCGGUGCCGAAGGCUCGGGAAAAUGAUUAAAUCCUUU